CCUUAAUAUUGGAAAUGGUUGACAAAACAAAUUUCUGUCCAUGAUAAAAUGUGACGUCUGAGAAGAAAAGCCACUGAUUUUACAUAUUCUUAAUUACUGGACAAGCCAAAUCUCAGGUUGCUAGUUUCCUGUUUAAUGAUCAGACAUUCCCACCUGUAAACCCUCAUGCCACUUUAUAUUCUGUUGUAACCACAACAAGCAAACCGAUAAGAGAGGAGUUUUGUGGGAAUCAAGACAACCACACCUAGGCUACUUACUAAGCGGACAGAAAAGACUUAAAAAUAUUAUCUAAUGCGUUACAGAAGAUUUGAAAAGGAAGUGGGCAAACAUGGGAUUUGUUGCACGCACAUUAUGUCUUCUGCAAUGUUUUUGGAUAUCAGGAUUAUGCCAUACACUCCAGACUGUGGGCCCAUGUACAGUCAACAGAGAGACGGCAGCAUUUGACUGCAGUAGAAAAAAACUUACAUCAGUACCACAACAUAUCUGGAUGAAUGUGACCGAGUUGGACCUUUCUGACAAUCUUCUCAGUCUAACCCACACUGACAGCUUCAGGCAGCUAAACCUCUUUGGCCACUUGAUCACACUAAAUCUAUCAGGCAACUACCUCCCCCUAUUGCUAAAAGAUUAUCUCUACAGCCUCCCUUCUCUCAAAGUACUGGACAUAAGUAGAUGCAAGCUGAAAGCAGUGGAGUCAAGCACUCUGAACAGCCUCCCCAGUUUACAGAUGCUCUUCUUGGGGGGAAAAACGUUACAAGGCCCCCUGUCCAGUGUACCUGGAGACUUGAGUUUGAAUGACCGUCAGAAAGUGGGAGAGGGAGUCAUGAUGAUCAGAACAAUAGAGGGCAUAGUCCAAGAUAACCACUAUGAUGGAUAUUUUAAGAAUGUCAAACAUGGAGACUUCCUUCGUAAACUACUGGCAAAUUCUGACCCAGGAAACACUACAUACCCUCCUUCCACAACUAAUAGCUCAUAUCCAACAAAUAGUUCAAAAAACUCUUCAGACAGCUGGAAGGCCUUUGUGGCUGUCCUGGUGUCAGCUAUCUGCCUCUCAAUUCUUAUUGCUGUGGUUGCCAAGUGCAAGCUUAUACACAAGUAUCUGGCAAGCUACAGACACUCCAGGCUCAGCGAAGUAGAUGCCACAAGUCAGUGUGACCCUGCAAACUUUGAGGUGGGCUUCUCGACACAUGGUGGCCCAGGGACCCAGGCAGCUGCACCUAUUAAUGAUAUUGAGGAAGAUGACGAUGGAUUUAUUGAAGAUAACUAUAUUCAAGCAAGCGAGAGUGAGAGAGCUGCAAGAGCAGCAGAACUGAAGGAUGAUGAUGAUGAAGAGGAGGAAAUUGAAUUCACUAUUGGUUAAAUCUAAUUGAACUAUUUAAUCUUAUUAAAUAUAAUGUUGUAAAAUCUCAUUUGGAAACAGUUUAUAAUAACUGUCAUAAAAAAGAUUCAAAUAAUGGGCAGAUCUGUAGUUAAUCAAAACAGAUCAGUAAUGUACAUUGAUAUAUGGGCUAUAAAUAUGAAACAUUUAUGAAUCAAAGUUUAAUGACACUUAAAAGUACAUGUUUUUAUAAUGUUUAUUAUGGAAUAAUAUCAUGGUUCCCACCAUUUCUCACCAGUGAAAUUUUCUGACUGUGCUGUUUACGAAUUGUUAAAAAUCAUUUUGAUUCAUGUUGAUUUGCUAAUGAAUAAUUCAGACUGAUUUGUAAAUCAUUUUGUCCUAUUCAAGAUCUGACUCAUUAGAACAAUUAGCUCACAAAUCAGACAUCACUGUGGCUUGCGAGAACAUUUUACUAUACACAAGAACAUUGUCGAGCAGAUAUUUUAGAGCAGAGGAAAACUAGAAAAAUGUAUAUUCACUAUAAAGAUUUUAUAUAUUUUCCUGAGAUUUCCAGGGCCUAGAAAUCAAUAUUUAACAAUUCCCUGAUAUUUCCAGGAUUUCCAUGGCAGUGGGAACCAUGUAUUAUGGAUUAAUGUUAAUUAAUUUUAUAACGAGGGUUACUGUUUAUUUCUUUUAAGUGAAAAUUGUAAUAAUCAUUACAUUUUAAGAUCUGUUCUUCUUGAAUUUCAAUUUACUUAUCUCAGUUGGGCACUAUUACUUGUCUCUUCAAACAUCUACAUGAUGUAUUUUGUAUGUUUUACUCCAUUUCUAAAUUAAAUGGUAUUAUUGAC